ACAAGAACUGAUGAGUAUCUUUCGGACCAGCCAUGGUGAAACUGUCAGAUUGAAAGUACAUCGAAAUCCGAUUCAGGAUAUUCUACAUACUAGGCAAUGGCAUCACUUUUUCCUGGUGGUGGCGAAUAAUUCGGUUCACAUUUUUGACGACGAGGAUAGUAAAGAUGCAAAGAUCGUAUUUCACGUUAAAGACAUUAAAAGUGUUGAGGUGUAUGAGGAAAUGGAGCCUCGCAUCGUACAAGUGCUCUUUAACGAUCCCAACCGCGAAAGUCUUAUGUUCAAAUGUGUAUCAAUAAAGUCAAGACAGACAUGGUGUUCAGUAAUAAGAAAAUCUAUGGAGGACACAAAGUUACGAGACUCCGGAUGUAUAAGCAGACAAUAUUCCAGUACUGCAUCUUGGCUAAGCACUUCUGAGGCAGGUGAAGAAGAUGGAAACAUAGAUUUCGAUCCAGAGUGGGAUGGCAAACCAGCUUCGACUGAAACGGAAGUCUCAAUUGAUGACUCUGGGUCAGGUUAUGCAGCGGUUGGUACACAUGAUGCUUUGGGCAGGACGAGAACUGACAGUCCUUCUGUGUUAAACAUUACAGGUGCUUAUCGCACAGAAGUCACUGUAAAGAAGGAGAUAUUUCCCAGUCGUUACUGAGUGGAUUGGAGUUUAACGAAAGCUACAAAGAGUCUACGAUGGCUGAUAAUAAACAAGAACUUUUGCUCCUGUGGCGUAUACAACAGACGAAUGAUUCCCACCCAACUGAAAUACUCAGUUAGACUCAUACGAGGUCGUAUCAUAUGAAACAGUCAACGUCUAGCUCAUUAUUAUUAUAUAUGUGUACGAUACGUGUUUGUGGUAUAUGUGUUGUGCUAAUCUCAUGUUGUAUUGGACACUUAAUGUAUAGGUCAAUGAUGACAUUCUCUCCAAUACCUCAUUCAACAAGUUUGCAGGAGAUUUGGAGCGUUGUUUUGAUGGGAAACUGCUACUAAAAGGUGUCAAUUGAGACAGUAUAUUGGUAAAGAGAUACUUAUAUGUUUGGCUUUAUCUUUUCGAAAAAAAGAUUAGCUAAUAUAUGUCGCUUUUAUUUUUAAAAAUGUUUUUUUUUAUUUGUUGCCAGUUUUAGUACAAUGAUGCUUUUUAUUAUAAAACUAUAUGAACACACAGUUUUAAACUUUUUAUUUUCUAAGACAGACUGUGUGUGAUGCUCAUAGUUUCAAACAAUGACUGCAUCGUAUCCUUAAAAAGUUUUUGCAUUAGGUAUUCUGAAUUGUAUUCCUCCGUCUGCAGAUAGAGUUGGGAUAUCUAAUCAUUGAAGUACUUGGGGUUUACCUAAUAGUUUAUUAAUAUUUUCUUUAUAUAAAGUAUCCUCAAGUUAAUGAAUACUUUGAUAAGAUUUAUAUUUUACGUUGUUUUUUAUUCAGGAUUGUAGGGAUAAGAGUGAGGUUUGUGCAUGUAGACUGUUUAAACCCCCCCGUAAAUUUACAUUUUACUGACCGUUCUAAGGUGGUACCUAACAAUCCUUGAUAAAUAUCCCAAGCAUACCUAGUUUGUUUUGUGGAGUUUUGUGCUGUUGUUCCAUGUUUCUUGUUUGUGAUGUUUUUGUUUUUGUGUUCUAUGAUUUUGGCGUUUACCCUGUGCCAUUAAACCUGGUUUAUGUUUAAACUUUUGGGUACUGAGCUUGUUUCUGUUGUUUUUCACAUAAGUAUUUAAGUAUAUAAACUUUAUUUCAAGUAUUCAUAUUGACAGUAUCUCAUUUUUGAUUGUGUUUAAAUGCAUUGCGUACUGAGUAUUCUAUUGCCCUCCCAUGUAUAUGAUUCCACGAUUGUUUUUAGAAUUUCGAUGAAUGUUGUUCUAUUAAGCUACAUUUGUGUAAGAGGUUUCUACAUAUGAGUCUUGCUUAGUAAAUUUCUCCUUUGUUUGAAUUCAUUUCAUGUGAACCUUGACCUCGAUUCCCUUUCAUGUCUGUACUCAUCCGUCCAUUUGUACGUUUACCAAUAGCAGCAUUAAACACGAAGACAAAUUAUAUAGUACAAAAGUAUAUAUGUACUGUAAUGUCUGUGGAGUUGUGACCUGUUGUUCCAUAUUUGUGGUUUGUGAUUGUUUUUUUUGUUCUAUGUCUUCGGCGUUGACCUAGUGCCAAUAAAUGGGGUCUAUGUUUAAAACUAUGACUACUGUGCUUGUUUCUGUAUUUCUUCAUAUAAAUAUUUAUCAGAGCAUAUUGCGAAUUAUCUUUGUGUUUUUUUUACUUUACAAUUUUAAAAUGUCAUGCUAUUUAUGAAGCCGCAAUAACGAUAACACUGAUUUCCAUUAUGGUCUUACUAGUUUUCUAACCCGUGGUAUGAAACGUUCGAGUGCCGCUUUGUCCGUUUACCAGUUACUUUAUGGAAGUGUUGUAUAAGAGAAGUGGUGGUCAAUGUUCAUAUGGACCUUAUGAUACUGUCUUAAAAACGGAUCGAUAUCGACGGAAAUAUACCCGUGUUGAUUGUUUAAGAAUAACUUUUAAUUAAGAUUUGUAAAAAAAUGCACAGCCGAAUAAUCAACUCCUAUGAAGAAAAUAGUGUUUCCAGCAAAAAUCACAAAUAAAGAAAAUGUUUUCUAAGAUUAAAUGUUUCCUUAAUGUAAUCACGUUUGAUAAGGUCAUCCUCCGUGGACUUCCCCUUUCUUACGAUAUGUACCAGCAAUGACGUAAAAACUGUUACUAUAAAUGACAUUUGUAAAUUGAUGUUGUAGUUUGCAGAUAAUACGGUGUUAUACUUUUUAUAUACUACUCAUGGCUUCAAUCAUUUUUAAGUACUUUGUUUUAUAAUUGUAAUACAUGGGAUAUCUCGGCCAAUAUUGAGAAAAGUUCUGUUAUGGUAUGUUAAACAGGCAAGCAAACAGAAAAAGGAGAAAUAUAUAACUACGAUACGAAAUUGAAUGUCGUCGAUAAAUUUACUUAUCUCGAUGUAAUGCUUUAUCGCAACAGUAAUUUUUUGCAGACUCAAAUACAUUUAUCCCAACAAGCCUUAAAAACCCUUUCUAAACUAUUUGAGGUUGUUGUGAUAGGAAAAAGAGAUCAUCCAAAUAUGUUUGAUGUCCACUAAUUUAUUAUGGUUCUGAGAUUUUGGGAUUUCCCGUGUUCAUCUUAAAUUUUACUCAAACAUAUCCAUUGUGUUAGAUAACAAACAAGUAACGUCGAUGUAUACGGCGAUUUAGCAAGAUUACCAAUGAUAGUAUUGCAAAAAAUACGUGUUUUGAAAUUCUGGCUUAAAUUAAAGUGUAAAUUGGUUCCGUUAUCUAUUACAAGAAAUAUGGUCGUGGGAAGUACAUUAACACAAGGUCUUCAUCUGUACAUACAUUUUGAAACUAUAGCAUUGUUAUUUGCAAAUGUCAUUAACAAAUGCAACUUAUUUGAAUCAAGUUUUUGAAGGGUGAGAAUAAUACUCUUGUUCAUGUUGGUAAAAUACUUAAAUAAUGAUAUGCUUAAUGUUGACGAUUAACCCAUAUAGUUUGCAUACUUUUCUCCGUAUUAUUGUGCUUUAUAUAUGCUGAUAUGUUGUAUAUUUCACCACCAUGCUUGUCUUUUCAGUGUUAUGACAAUGAAUCUUUGCCAAUAAAAUAAUGACUA